CACCCCGGGAUCUGGCGUGGCGCAUGGGCCCCGACGCUCGGGCCCGCGAGCUCCUUUCUCCGUCGCCGCUCCAGGACGCGGCCUCGGGGGAGCCCUACCGGGACGGAGCCGCGGGGCCUGCGACUUCCCCGGAGCUGGCCUGAGGGAUUCUCCUGUCCAUGGCUGCCACCAAAACUUCGAGUUAUGAUGAACAUUUCAGGCCAGAAAAGUUAAGAGAAUGGCCGGAGCCCGAGUCCGUUUCUUUAAUGGAGGUAUUAGCUAGAGAAGACAUUGAUGAAGCAGUACGUGCAAUAUUAUUUAGAGAAAAUUCCAUUGUGAAGAGAUUGGAUACGUAUUUUCAGCAUCUGGAUACUUUUAAGGAAAGAAGAAAAGAGAUGUUACAUAAAAAAUGGGUUGAAAGUGUUGCAGAGCCUCUUCAGCAGAGAAUUAUGGAAAAAGUAAUUUCGUAUAAAGAGCUUAAAAUGAAACAAGAGAAUGUCAAAUAUUAUUUACAGCACAGACAUAAAAUGGUUACAGUCCCACCAUUUGUUGAUCCUCUGUUUCAAAGACAGCAAGAGGUGGAUGAAGAGAGGAGAACUGGUCUUCAGUGUGAGACAGGAAAACGACAUUCCAUAAAAGAACUUAAAGGAAUAGAGAAGGCCAGGCUGCAUGCCAGCUCGCCCUACUUCACUUUCACUUCACACUGUGUGAUUCCAAAAGAGUGGCAUAAAGCCUCUGCAAGAGCCAGGAGUAAAAUUUACAAAUACAGUCCUGAAAAGCUCAUCUGUGCAGACAAGAAACAGAAAAGAAAAGAGAAAAAGAUGGCCGACCUAAGUCAGGCUGCGUUUGAAAGGCAGUUCCUUUCCUCAAAGCUCAGCCGGAAGAACAAAGUGGGUGAAAGAAAGGGUCUGGUGAGCAGAGGCCUGGGGCAGGGCUGGCAUGCAGGGCUUUGCAGCACCCACGAGCAGCACGUGCUGGUUCCAGAAUGAGCCACCGCCACAGCCCUCCCUGUCAGACAGGCACCCAAGGGCGGAGGAGGCAUGGCCCGAGAAGAAGGGCGUGAAGAGGAGGAGGGAGAAAUGGCGGUGGCCUCAGGCUCAGCACUGCAGCUCUGACAGGGCCCCUCGGGCGGGGAAGCCUUGCGUGAAGAAACUCAGACAAGUGGUAAAUGUGGGACCUGGACCCCACUUUCCGGAGACAGAUCCUGUCCUUCCGAGGUGAGGGCCAACCUGGCCACAGGGGCUUUUCCCCCUGAGAUUUAUUCAGCGCCUUCGCCCGGGCCUUUGCCCUUCUGCCACUUUCCUACCAUUUUCCACUUGCUCCAUCCAAACUGCACCAAAACUGGUGUUCUCCUUAGUCCACACACAACAGGUGGGAAGUUUUUGAAAUGAAAUUUAUACCAAAAAAUUAGGGCAAGAUGAGAUUUUUUGAUAUUUAAAAGGUAUUUUUAUAUGUAGGAAUUUUCUGAGUACGGAUUUCUUAUCCAGAGCUCAUGGUUCAUUUGACACAGUUUUCAGCUCCUGGUCUAUUUCCCGUUCCAUUCUCUCCACCACGCCCUGUACCCUGAGGCCUGAGGCGCAGGACCCUCCCAGGGAAGGCCUAGGGGGCUUGGUGGGCCACCGCUCAGCUCAGGACCUGACAGCGUCACUCCCACCCCUCACCACCACACACACAGGAUGGGGGACUGCUGCUGCUUUCCAGCCUGUGAGCCUGGAUAGGUAUUUUGUGACCCAGCUCCUGCUCAGUCCCAUCGCUGUCCCCGGUCUCUCCAGGGAGUAAGGGAUUCUCCGUCUGUGGUAAGUUACCUGUGACUCUUCAGCAGUUUCCUCUGAGCAUAAUUAUAUCUGAGAGCACAGGGAGCUCCUCAUUCCGUAUAUUUUUCAAAUAUUCAGGAUGUACAACGUGAUGAUUUGCUAUAGGUAUUCAUUGUGAAAUGUUUGCCACAGUCAAGCUUGUUGACAUACCCACCAGCUCACAUUUACUGUUUUCAUGUGUGUGGUGAGAAUACUCACGAUCUACUCUCUGAGCAAAUUGCAAGUAUAUGUUAUUAGUAACUGUA